AUCACUGUCGCUACAAUACUCUCGCUUGCAUCCGCUGCUCCAUCUUCCAACACGCAUGAAAUCCAUGAGCGGCGCCAACUUGGGAAUACCGCUUGGACGGAAAGAGAUAUCAAGGUAGAUGGACGAACAAUCAUACCUCUUUCAAUCGAACUUGCUCAGCGCAACCUCGACAAGGGGCAUGACUUUCUGAUGGAUGUAUCCGAUCCCAGUAGCUCGAACUACGGAAAACAUUGGACACCAGAAAAAGUAGUAGAAGCAUUUGCUCCUUCGAAAGAAACUAUUGAUGAAGUCAAAGCAUGGCUCGUGGCAAGUGGAAUAGCAGAUACUCGCCUCUCACUGUCGAACAGGGCGACUUGGAUUCGUGUCAAUGCUACAAUUGACGAGGCCGAGAACUUGCUGAAGACCAACUACAAGGAAUUUGAACACACCGACUCAGGUAAGACGACUCUCGCGUGCCAUGAAUACAGCGUCCCGAAGUCCUUAAAACAUCAUAUCGAUAUCAUUACUCCAACAGUCCAUUUCGCCGUCAUGACAAAUGAGAAGGCGAAGAGGGGUAGUGAUCAAGGAACGAGGCCAAGCCGUCAAGUUCAGGCAGUUCCUAUGGCUGAUCCACCUACACUUGCCAGCAGCAGCUCGGCCUUCAACUACUCAAUCUGCUCAACAAUCACAUACCCCCAGUGUAUACGAGCUCUCUAUAACAUGCCAGUUGGAACUAUGGAUAAGUGAGUGCUUCAGAGCAUGGAGAAGGGUGUUGUAGCUACAUACUGACAAAAGACAGGUCUUCAUUCGCUGUUGCGGAAU